UGAGGAGCAACAUUUAGCCAGAAAAGGCUGCAGAAAUAGAUGCUGACACUUCAGUCGACCAAACGGUGACAUUACUCACACAAGAGGACUGUUUUGUUUGUGAGGCAACGCAGAGUUUCUUAUUUCUGAGAUGAAGGCGUUGUCUCAGCAGCAGCCUAAUGUGGCUCCAGGAGAGAAGCAGCGAGUCACCUGUGGGACAAGUUUGUCUGCCAGCUAUGCUCCUCCGUGUCUGGAAAAUAAGUUCCUGGCUCAGACUUCCUUGUUGAUGCCUCAGCCCUGCUCUCCACUCUUCAACUUUUCAGCACCACCUUCCUCUUGCCCCUCUCUCCAGCCCUCCCGCCUGUCGUCCACCUCGUCCUCCCUCCUCUCCACAUCUACCAUCUCGCCUUCCCUCACCUCUGCUCUCCUGAGCACAGAGAACAAGCUCCUAAGGGAUCAUUCACCUGGUUUCUCUUUUCCCCUCACCUCCUCUACAUGCGUCCCAAGUUCUCUGCUCAAUCGCUUUGCUCCCCCCUCUCCAUUCCUCCAUCAUGCUCUUGGUGGAGAACAGAAGAGUGGCAGGGGAGGAGAGGAAGGCAGUAAUGAAACAUCCGAAGUGAUGCAAUCCAGUUUUGAAGAAACAAGCUUGUAUUCCAUGGGAGAUUAUACUUGGUCUGAAGAGGAGGAUGAUGCUGAUGCUGCUGGGACAGCCAUGGAAUUUCCUGCCCUGGAAACAGAGUUGGGCAACGAGGACCUUGAACAAACUAUGGUCAUCAAACAAGAGGAAUUUGCCGAGAUUGAUAAAGCAAAGGAAAAUAUGGAGGAGGAGCUGAAAGAUAAAAAGUAUCUGCUGCUGAACCUGGUGUGUUGCUCCCUGGUCAAUAAGAGCACAACUCCAGGCCAGAAGGACUGGGACUCAGAGAAAAGUGUUUGGACAAGGAUCAUAAACCUGGCGAAGGACAUUUCUGUCUCUGACCCACAGUUUCUUCUCAAGGUGGCAGUUUACACUCGACAGGAGCUGAACAUCCGCAUCACAGCAAACUUCUUAUUGGCCCUGGCUGCCAAUCUGCCCUCCAACAAGCAACAUGUCCGCAGAUAUUUCUGCGCUGCCAUACAGCUGCCCUCAGAUUGGCUGGAAGUAGUCAGAAUCUAUAGUACAUGUUUCAGUCGCUCCCUGCCGAUGUGCUUGAAGAAGGCAAUGGCUGACAAGUUCAAGCAGUUCAAUGAGUAUCAGCUGGCCAAAUACAACACACGCAAACACCGCUGUAAACACAACCGCAACAGGCGCAAAACCAAGAAACCAACUGACCAGCAGAUGAAACAGUGGGGCAACUUGCUCAGAUCAGAUCCAACUAUUCUGAGGAAGUUUUUGCAUGAAGAUGAGACCAAAGAGGUGGUGGAUAAAAAGCAGAGCGAGUUCAGUAUGAAGAAGAUGAUCAAGAAGCUUCACAUUAAGGAACCUGCUGAGCAUGUUAUGGCCAUUCUGGGGAAAAAGUAUCCUGCAGACUCCAAGACGUUCACCGUCAGUGGAAUUAAGGGCUCGUGGGACAGGGAGAGAGCCGGGAAGCGAAUGAAGCUCAAAGCGCCGGAGACGUGGGAACGGCUGCUCAGCCUGGAGGGAAACAAGGCCGCCACCUGGGAGAAGCUCAUAGACAAUAAGUCUCUUCCAUUCAUGGCCAUGUUGAGGAACCUGAGGAACAUGAUCACUAAGGGCAUCAGUGAGGCUCAUCACAAGAAGAUCCUCAGCAGACUGACCAAUAAGCAAGCGGUGAUUCAGAGCCGUCAGUUUCCCACCAGAUUCCUCGCUGCCUACAAAGUCCUCAUGGAGCUUAACACUUUAGCCUCGGCAUCAGAGCAAGCCCUCCCCUCUGUUAAAGAGAUCCUGAAGGGCAUCCUGAGUAAGAUCCCCAAGAGCAAACGCUUCAAAAAUCAGGAAUGGGAGUCGACUCCAAGGAGCCGGAUUAGGGUGACACUCGGAGUGCCGUUUAUCUAUCGACUAUACCAAGCUAAGAAGGCCCAGCUCCUAAAGGCCAAUAAGAGAGAGUUCACCGUCGCUCUGUUGGACCGUUACCGCAACGCUCUGGAGACGGCGGUCCAGCUCUCCUGUCGUUACAAUGUGCCUCCGCUACCCGGACGGACCGUCAUCCUGCUCUCCUACAACAUGAGAUCUGAUUGCGACUUGUGGCAAAAACUGGACUUCUGCCUCCCACCGGACCCCGAGCAAAAAAACGAGGAGGAGGAGGAGGAAGAAGAGAGCGGGAAGAAAAAGAAGAAGAUAAAACAAGCUGACGAGCUCACUCCUUCUACUUUAGAGGCGGCGGUUUUGCUCUCGCUGAUGAUUGCCAGCAGUGCCGAGGACAGCCAGCUCUGCCUGCAUGACUGGGAUCGCGGUCAAGAAGCCGAGCUGAAGUCUGAUGUUCUUUUGGAUAACGUCAGAAGUGUGCUUAAGCAAAUUCAAGCAUGUUCAAAGAAGCCACGUGCAAAUGAGUCCCACGUUUGCAUAACCACAAUGCUCAACCAGAAACCCAAGGUGGACAACAUCAUCGUGUUGUCUGACUAUUGGAUCAAUUCAGAUGUCAAUUGGGCCAUCAACUCUUACACGAGGGAAACGAACCCCAAAGCCCUCGUGGUGCAAAUCUUUAUGGCAAAGGGAGAUACAGAGUUCAUUGCUGACAGGAACUGUGUGAAGCUCUUUGGCUUCAGUGAACAAGUGCUGAGGUUUGUGGCAGAACGAGGAUCAUCCAGGCUGCUUGAGCAUUUGGAGCAUUUAGACAAAGUGUACAACAUCCCUCCACCAGAGGGCGCUAAAGGGGCUCAGACAUCAGAUAGUGUUGUCCAAAUACCAGCCAGCCCCAAGUUAAGGUGGAGAGGUGUUCGUGUCUUCAUCUCCUCCACCUUCAGAGACAUGCAUGCAGAGCGAGACGUCUUGGUACGCAGCGUUUUCCCGGAGCUCCGUCGUCGUGCAGCCUCACACUGUCUCUACCUGCAGGAGGUGGAGCUGCGUUGGGGUGUGACAGAGGAGGAGUCGGGGCGGGCCACCGAGCUGUGCCUGUCAGAGGUGUGUCGCAGCCAGAUGCUGGUAGUCAUCCUGGGGGAGAGGUACGGCCUGGUGCCUCCCAAACCUGACCUCCCUGACCUGCCGCAGCACAGCUGGCUUGCGUCGGCCCCAGAAGGCCUCUCCAUCACGGAGCUGGAGAUCCGUCAGUUCCAGGCUCUUUACCCCGAAACGGCACAGCAGCGAAUGUUCUGCUACUUCAGAGAUCCAGACAUCACCAAAUCAGUUCCGGUUGCUUGGAAAUCUGACUUUGUACCUGAAUCAAAUGAGGCUGAGUCUAAAAUGACAUCUCUGAAGGCAAGAAUCCAAGCAAGUGAAGUCAAGGUCACUGAAAAUUACUCGUGUGAGUGGGGAGGCGUUGUGGAGGGGAAGCCGUAUCUGAAACACCUGGAGGACUUUGGCAAGGCCGUGCUGGACGACCUGUGGAGUGCUGUAGUAAAGCUGUUUGUGGAAGAGGAUGACAAGGCCGAGGCUCUGUCCGAUGUGAUGGAGCAGGAGGUCCACCAGGAGGCGCUGCAGAGGCAGUUCUUCGGGAGGGCCAAGCUGCUCUCUGGGGCUGUCGAGAUAGUGAAGCAGGUCCAGAGCAAAGGAGGGUUGAUGGUGGUGGAGGGCAGAACUGGAGAGGGAAAAACUGUCUUCAUGGCUGCUCUAGCAGACAGCCUCAGGACUGGAGUAAAGUCAAGGAAAAACCUUGUCUGUGAUGUCAUCUCCUACUCUACAGCUGCCAGCCAAUCAGCACGCUCUGUGGAAAACCUGCUGCGAUUCCUCGUUCAAUUGUUGAGAAUGAUGAAAGAUACCCAGGAGGAAUCACCUCUUCCCCAAUCUUACAAAGAUCUGCUGUCGGAAUUUCACGCCAGUUUGAGUGAAAUAAAGAAAAUUAAACCUCUUGUGCUGCUCGUUGAUGGGGUGGAUCUUCUCCAAGAUGGCGGAGGUCAGCUCAGCUCUGAUUGGAUACCACAGGAGCUUCCACAGGGUGUUUGUUUGGUAGUGAGCAUCACAACCAAAGCAGCACUGUUACAAACACUGGCCAAGAAAAGAGGCACCGUCCUGUUUGCCCUGGGACAGCUGACCAUGCCGGACCGGAGGGAGAUAGUUCAGAAGAGACUGGACUCCUUCGGGAAGAAACUCAGCGACUCUGCAUUCAAUAACCAGCUCCAGACGCUGAUAAUGAAGAAGGGAGCAAUGAGUCCUCUCUACCUGCACCUGGCCUGUGAAGACCUGAGGAACUUUGCCUCCUUUGAUAAGUUGAAGGAGAGCCUCCAGAUCUUGCCUCAGUCUCUGAGCCAGUUGGUGCAUCACAGCCUGGAGAGACUCUGCUCGCAGUACAGAGGCAUGCUGGGACUCCGCUGGGCCCUGGCAGCCCUCACUGCCAGCUCCACUGGCCUGAGGGAGAGAGACUUGUACUCUGUACUGAACACAUGCAACGACUUAUCCUCACGAGACGGACAGGUCACGUGGCAGGAAGUACUGCAUCUGUCCAGGACGCCCAAAGGACGCAUUCCCAUGGCAACUUUCACCCGUAUAGCGCAGAGUUUACAAAGCCUGAUUGGUCCGUCUCAUUGCCACGACACUAACGAUCUGUUAGCUCUAACCAAUCCGGAGGUGAGCAGGGCCUUCGAGGACUUUCUCCUCCCAACAGAAAGUGACAGAACCAGAGCUCACCUCGUACUGGCAGCUCACCUGUGGGCACUGGCCGACACGGAGGGCACAGAUACCUUCCUUCACUGUGAGGCCAACUGUGUCAUGCAUCUGCCUUCCAACCUGAUUCAAAGUGGCCAGCUGGAGGCGCUUCAUUCUCUGCUCUCCAGCUACUACUUCCUGUAUGCUAACGUGCGGCAUGGCCUCCUGCACCACCUCAAGGAGACCUACAGCUUGUAUGAUGACAAGGUUAAGUCUGCAACCCCAUUUGGCUCUCAGGAUCGUCUAGAAGGCUGCCGGAGUUUCCUGCAGCGACACGGCUCCCUCCUCUCCUCCUGGCCGGCUCUUUUCAUUCAGCAAGCCCUUAACGAGCCUCCCGAGACCUCUGCUCACACCUGGGCACAAGGCAUGAUGGGAAAAGGAGGGGCCCGGGUAGUUGAGUGGCUAAACAAUGACAGUGGGAAUCUGCAGGAAUCUAGUGAGCUGGUGUCGACCUUCUCCUCUGAACCGACCUGUUUGGUUGGGAGCUCGGAUGGAGAGCUGAUGGUGGUUGGCACUGGACAGGGAAUGCUUCAUUUCAUCAGCACUCAGACCGGACAGGAAGUGAAAUCGUUGGUGAGCAGCAGUGACGGCAUCUCAAGCUGUGUCUUUGUUAAGGAUGGUCGUCUUGCUACCACCUCCUUUGAUGGACGGAUAGAGAUCUGGGACAUCGCUAAUGGCUGCAGGACUGCUCUUAUUGAGGGCCACACUAAUGUGAUAACAGCAAGUGACAUCACUGCAGACAGGAAGCACCUUGCAACUGUGUCUUUGGACUUCACCCUGAAAGUUUGGUCCUCUACUAAAGGCAAUGAGGUAGCAGUCCUGCCCAGCUCCAGCCCUUUGAACUGUGUGACCUUUCACCCAGAGGGUCACCUGCUGGCUGCUGGUUGCUGGGAUGGGAACGUGAUUGUGUGGAACUGGCUCCAGAAUAAAAGUCUGAAGUCCCUGACUGGUCACCAGCGCUCCGUGCGCAGUCUCGCCUUCUCUCCGUCGUCCUCCAUGCUCUGCUCCGGCUCUCUGUCUGGAGAGGUCAGGGUGUGGUCAGUGCCCACCUCCGCCUGCGUGGGAUGUUUCCAGGCUCACUGCGGAGCCACGGAGGCCCUCACCUUCCUGGAUGAAGGGAGCAUGCUGCUGAGCGCCGGCUCUGAUCACAUGCUCCACCUCUGGUCAGGAGGACUUGGACGUUCGGUCACUGUACUAAAAAGUGAUGAAUGCGAGCAGGAGCCUCCUCUGAAGAAACUGAAGUCUGUAACUGAGCCUGCUGCUCUGUGUGUGGCUGUUAAUGGAGACUAUGUUGCCGUGGGAUACCACAGUGACUGCAUCAGACUCUUCAGUCUCGACUCAGGGGAGAAGAUCUGGGACUCCAGGGACAUUGGUGUGUCCAUAUUGAGCCUGCUGUGGGUCGUUUUGGACGCAGAGCAGACGGAACCUGAGCUGCUUUUGUCCGGAGAAAGUGAAAAACGCGUGAGGGUCUGGAAGAGAAAAGACGAGGAGAAGGGAUUGCUGGGAGGCCUGAAAUUGUGGGGGAUGUUUGGUGUGCAACCAGGCGUCAUCCUGGCAAUGGCACAAAACUCCAAAUACCUGGCUACAGCUUCAGAUGACUUCUCCAUUGUUCUGUGGUCGUUGAGCGAUCUGGCCCUCGACCCCCAUAUUGAGCCUCAAGCGUUCCUGAGGGGCCACAGUGGAGAAGUCACCUGUCUGGCGUUCAGCCCUGAUGGUGGAUUCCUGCUCUCCGGUGGAAAAGACAAGGCCCUGAUGGUUUGGGAUGUGAGGUCGUCUGCUGCUCUCUACAAAUCGCUCCUUCAUUCUCACAAAGACUGGAUCACCGGCUGUGUUUGGACUCCAGAAUGUGUGAUAAGCUCUUCAAGCGAUGGGAGGCUUUGUUUGUGGGAUCUGCAGGCAGGCCAACGUCUCGGAGAAAUCUCCUGGAAGACUCCUUUUACAUCUAUCUGCUGUCUUGGACGGUAUGUGAUGGCCGGCUGUGCAGAGGGAGUGCUACAUGUUUGGAACUGGGAAACAAACGUAGAAAUCUGUCACAUUGCUGCACACAAGCAACGCAUAAAUUACUGCUCUCUCCUACCGAACAAAGACAAAAACAAAGAACUCACCCCAGAAGAAAUGACUGUUUUCACUGCGUCUGAGGAUGGCACAGUGCAGCUCUGGAAACCACUACAGGUGGAGCACUUAGGCACCUUACAGGGUCACAGCGGUGCAAUAUGUGGAGUUGUUCUCAAAGAAGGACUCCCAGAAUUCCUCACAGUUUCUGAAGACUGCUCAUUGCGAUGCUGGAAGUGGACAACAGAGAGUCCUCCCAGUCUGAAAGGACCAGUCACAGCUCUGUGCUUCUCUCAGAGAGAUGCUUUGCUUCUUGUUGGUUAUGAAUCCGGUUGGCUGGAAGUUUGGCAGCACAACGCUCUGGUCGGCCAGAAGAAGGCUUCAGACUGCACCAUCACAGCGAUCUGCUUCAUGCCCGAUGGCCAGUUUGCAGUCGGCUACCCGAAGCCCGCUGUUGAUGUGUGGAAGCUGGUGUGGAAUCUGGAACACAGCACUGCAAGCCUUGUGAAGGUAACCACGCACUCAGUGAAAAACCCAGUCGUCCGGCUCAUACACUGCUCCAUCCUGAUGGGUUUGUCCAACUCUGGAAAAAUAUUUGAUGUCACAAAUACCUCUGAAGAAUUUUGGAGUUAUGAAAUAACGAGAUUGGAGAACUGUGUCCAAGUUUUGGGGGUGAUCCGUAAUGAUGAGAAAAGCAUGUGGCUGGUGGGCGAAGGAAACGGAGAAGUCCAAAUUGGCUUCGUUUUUGCCAUGGGCCCCAGAAAUCAAUUAGAAUCAGCUUUCAGCUCAUUGAACAUAGAGACCGAGGAAGAGAAGGAGAAGAAGGGGAGUCCGCUAACAGCUGGAACUGUGGACAAAGAACUUGUCGUGUGUGGAGACGUGAACGGCAACAUGUGGUUCAACCAGCCUAAAGAGGUUUCAGCGUAUAGCACCAGAAAACCUGCUCACAGUGACAGGAUCAGUGUGCUGAAACUCACAGACCGCACCAUCAUCUCAGCCUCCUACGACAGGACAGUGAAGCUGUGGGACAGAGACACCAAGAAACAAGUCGGUAUGUUUGUGUGUGGGGCUCCAGUUUUGCAUUUGGAGGUGAACCCUGUAAACCCUACUGAGCUGGUUUGUGCUGACAGACAGGGAAAGCUCUACUUUCUCUCCUGGAAAGAAUAAUCCUCAAGAUAUAAGCCGCUAAAUUCAGCUUUUAGUAAAAAUGUCUUAAACGGUACAGUAAUCAAAGAUUUCCAGUCAUGUUUUCCUUCCUCUCUGUCUCAAUGACGAUGACUAUGCAGUAAAUACUCUCUCUCUCUCUCGCUCUCUCUCUAUAUAUAUAUAAUUUAAAAAUGAAAGUAAAUUUUUGUCAUAUAUGGGAAAAGCAUUUAGGUAAUAGUUACAAAGAUAUGUUUACAUGUGCCUUUCAUUUUACAUGGCUAAAAAAACUUGUAUAAAAAAAAAAAGCCUUAAAAAUACUAUCAGUUAUAGUUUUGUGUGAGCUGAAUUAAAGAAUUGUUUCUAUUUGCUUAAAAAAAGUGGGAUAUGAACCACUUUGGGUGGAAAAAUGAGAACACUAUCAACUUUUCUUUGUUAAUAAAUUUAUUGUUCAAAUCUG